AUGCUCUUCGAACCAAUUUUCUGCUGCCUCGGCUGCCUCUGCCUCCGAAGACGCCGUGCAGGGUCAACCGUGAGCAACAGGCUAAUCGAGGAGCAGCCCAUCAACGAGGACCUGGAGGGUGGCGAGCCUCCGCGAGUGAUUGAGUUGCCAGACGAUGAUGCUGUUGAGUCAGAUGUUCGGCAAGACAGCCCCCAGCAAGACGGCGGGAUGAGUUCAUUCCCUCCAUUGGAGGAAGGCUCAGAUGAUACCCCCCAGCAAAACAACCCUGAGCAAGGCAUCGAACCAGGGUCACACAGCACCGCGACAAUUGAAUUCCCUCCAUACAACGAUCCAAUGGAAGAAAACGAGGACGUCAGCACCCACACUCCUUCAGAUGGUACCUCCCAACAAGACAGCGAAACAGGGUCACACAGCACCGCGAGGACUGAAUCCUCUACACACAGCGAUCCAACGGAAGAAAACCAGAAAGUCGGCGAUUCUUCAGAUGGUGUUCCGCAAAUUAACGAUACUGAGACCGUUGGGGACCAGAAUAGUACGGAUUCACAAUGCCACCACGAAUCUCGGCCACUAUUUUCACCGGAAGCAAUAGCUGUGCUAGAGGCCGCGGGAGAAAUGCUUGUGCGAAAAGAAUUACUACCUAAAUACCUUGACGAUCAGAGCAAGGACAAUAAUGCGAAUGCGGUCCCAUAG